UUGUAUAUCUUAAAUAAAACUAAGAAAUAUUUUAAAAAAUAGCAUACACAGGAAGUACUGUACACAUUUUUAAAGCGUUUCCUGUAAUUGUAGUCCAAUACAGAGCAUUACCUCGUUGGAAUCUGUGCGCAGGAAAGGACACUGAAAUUCAUAUCCCAGAGUGCAUCGCGACGACAGCUUCUUCCUUGCGACAAAAAUGGCUGCUCCUUUAACAUUCCUGCUAAUAGUGGCUGUUACAAUAAGAGCCGUUUUAUUCCGAUCCAGUUUGGCAGAAUUAAUUUCGGAGAGGGUCGAGGUUGUGUCGCCUUUGAAUGCGUGGAAACGAGUUGUGGAGGGUCUUGCCCUGUUGGAUUUGGGGGUCUCGCCUUACUCGGGAGAUGUGUUUCAUGAAACGCCCCUUAUGAUAUAUUUUUUUCAUUUUAUGGUCGACUAUGCAGAGAUUGUUUUCAUAAUAGCAGAUUGUAUUACAGCAGUGGCUCUCUAUCUAGCAAUCCAGACUUAUAACAAGAAUGUGUUUAGAAAACAGAAGUAUGCCUUGGAAUCGGAUCGGUAUCCACUCGAUAGUCUGGAGCUUCUCCGCUCUCCCAAGGAGAUGUUCUACAUUCCUCUCAAGGUUGCCAUGUUUUAUUUGUUAAACCCCUUCACUAUUCUGUCUUGUGUGGCAAAGUCGACAUGUGGACUGAACAAUGCCAUUAUAGCACUCUUCAUCCUCUGUACACUAAAAGGUAGUGCCUUGUUGAGCGGGAUAUUUUUAGCGUUGGCCACGACUCAGUCUAUCUAUCCACUGACUUUGUUCGCUCCUGCUCUACUGUUUCUCCUUCAGAGGUUGUAUAUCCCUGUGAAUCUGUGGAGGAGCAGCUUCUGGUUCUUUACUUCUCAGUAUGUCUUCAUUUAUGUGGGCAGCGUGGUGGUUAUCACUGGACUCUCGUUCUUUCUCCUUGGCUCCUGGGAUUUCAUCCCUUCUGUUUAUGGAUUCAUUUUGUCUGUUCCAGAUCUCACCCCAAACAUCGGACUCUUCUGGUAUUUCUUCGCCGAGAUGUUCGAGCACUUUCGUCUCUUCUUCAUCUGCGUCUUCCAGAUCAAUGUCUUUUUUUACACCAUCCCUCUCUCCAUCAAACUCAAGGAGCAUCCAGUGUUCCUCAUCUUUAUGCAGAUUGCCAUUAUCUCCAUCUUUAAGUCGUACCCCACAGUGGGAGACGUCGCUCUCUACCUGGCGUUUCUACCAGCCUGGAGUCAUCUCUACAGAUUUUUGAGAAACAUUUUUCUGGUGUCAUGCGUGCUGCUGGUGUGCUCUGCGUUGUUUCCGGUACUUUGGCAUCUCUGGAUCUAUGCCGGCAGUGCCAACUCCAACUUCUACUACGCCAUCACCUUGCUCUUCAAUGUUGGACAGAUCCUACUGGUGUCGGACUACUUCUACGCAUACCUGCGUCGAGAACAUCACCUGACUCACGGUCUGUACCUAAAGAAGAAGGAUGGAACUGAAGCCACGCUGGUGUUAAAAUGACCCUCAAUCAUCGGACUGAGAGACCUCACCAGCUGCCUCAUGCUCCCAUAUCCACCGUUUCUCUUUUAUUCUUUUUUAUUUAUGGUUUACAUUUUAUUUAUCAUUAUGCUCUAACUUCUGUCUGCUCCCGCUUUCAUGUUAUUCGCCACAUGGACAUCUGUGAGUUUUACCUCAUGUUUGGAUGUGGGACCAAAGCUGUUUCGUAUGACUUUGACAAAAGUGACUGAGAGACAAUUUUUCUUCUAUGAACGAAGGAAUUAUAAUGAUAGGUGGGUAGAAGGGUGUAGUUUUUUUUAUACGGUGCUUUUGUUGUUUGCAGUCCUGGUCAGCAGAGGGCGUAACAUGACAACGCUAACUCGCCCAAACUGACUGACCCUUCGGGGAGGUUUAUCAGACCGUCCAACAUGGAGAGUUUAUAAACUAUGAAUACGAUUUUUUUCAAAUAAGUCAAAUAGCUCCAGGUCUUUUUGUACUUUUUUUUUGCUUGUUUUUAUUUUUUGGUUGAAAUGAGGACUUAGAAUGCACUUCUAUUUUAUUUAUUCCAAUCGUGCCACUCUUUGACUUGUGUUCACUGUUUUAACAUUUGUCUGAGAUUAGAAACUACUCGCCUAAACCACACCUGCAGUGAAAUCUGACGCUCCCGGCAAGCUUUUGACCCAGAAUGCCACGUGACGAGACAUGUGAUCCAAACUAUUACACAGCUACUUGAUAGUCCCUCUUCUUUGUAUUCCUUGAAUGAGGAAUUUUACAUUGUCUGUAUCGCUUUCAGAAUUUUCCUUUUCUCAGAUAUUCUGCCCUUUGACCAGGUAGUAGAAUGUAAACAUAAGUUUAUAAGGUCGUCUGAUCCAAAGUCUAGAAUGUGAAAGUUAUCACUUAAGUCAUAAAGGAUGCAGACAGCCAAGGGUUUACGAACAAAUAAUAUCUUGUCGGUGCAUUUAAAUGCAAUACGUUGUGUUAACAAUAACAGAAAGAAAAUGAACAUUUUUAUGUAAAAGAACAAAGUUUUCGUCAGUAUUGUACUGUAUAGUGACCUACAGGACUAAUAUUAUAUAUUGACUGCAGAGUCUGACCUUGAUAACGUCAUUAUUCUUAACAUUAUUAUUUAUCCAAGAAUAAAGUAAUUAAUGUUGGCUUGGUGAGAGGUACUUUGCUCAUGCCUUUGCUUUUAUUGACACAUAACUAAAGGGACAAAGUGGUAAAAAAAACUUACCUUAGUAGAAUGUGUAUGCAACCUUUUUGUCGGUACUAAACUGGACAUGUUUUGUAUGGAAUGGAGAAUGUUAUAAAGUGGAUAGCAUGAUUAAGGGCUUAUCCUGCUCACAUAAGAAAUGGUGCAGGGAUUUUUUAUUUGGAAAACUUCUCUCUGUUUUUGAAUGACUUCACUACACUACACUUUUACAAAAACGUGCACACUGUAGUAUUAUUCAUUACUUAUUUUUCGUCCUGGCCCUCUCCCCUAUUUGAGCCAAGACUGAGUUUGGCUCGUUGUCAUUACACUGAUUUUGAAUGAUUUGUAAAUUCUAUGAUGAAAAUGCCAAUAAAGAAUAUUUCUCA